GGAGACAGUGGCUGAAGCUCUUCUCAGUGAUGGCUUUCUCAUCCCAAAGAUGGAUUGUCUGAAAAUGCUAAAUAUCAAGUAUGAAGCAAAUAAAGAGGUAUGGCAGUUCAGAAUUCCUCAGACAUUUUACUGCUUUUGGCAGCCUUUGCUGACAGGCCUUCUUUCCCGAAGUUUUACACAGAUCCUAAUAGAGAAAAUGUUUAUGGAGUUGAAGGAAUGUUCUGACUCUUCAGAACUCCGGCCUCAGUUCUUGAUCAGCUGGAUUUCUGAGAUGCUGACUGGCAUUGCCAAAGUAAACGCUGGGAAGAAAAGACAACACUGUAACAAACAGGUAUCCGUGAAGGAGCUGUUCCUCCAUAAAGUUCCUUUGCAGUGGAUAAGACUGACGGAUAAUUGCUUGGAAGCUCCCUGCUGGGCAACCCCACACCUUCUUCAGCUGAUCCUCACAAUCAUGAGACCUCGCUUGCCACGUUCUUCGCGGAAGAACCUUCUCUAUCUUGCUUCUGUUUACACGGAAGGAGGUGGCCCUUUGUCCAGUCCAGGACUCUCUUCAGACUGCAGUGAACAGCCAAUUUACACUAUAGAGAGCUUACAGUGGAGGGCCAGGCAAGAAAAUCAGGUUAAAAAUCAAGGGCAGACUGUAGAGAAACAAGAAGAUGUGCUGGAUAGAGAUGAUGGUGUAGAGGAGGUGGAGGAGGAGGAAGAAGAGAUGGUAACUGAAACAAAUCCUUUGGAAGGACUUGCUCAUUCUGGUAGCAUGGUGGCUAUUGCUGAGAAAAGGGCAGCACUGCAAGGAUCCGCCUGGCAGAUCACUGCAGAUGAAGUACGAUGGAAAGACUUUCCUCUCGGGAAACUCCCAGGUCAGACAGAUGACCCUGAUGGUCUUAUGUUGGAUAAUUAUUCCAUGAUGUCCCUGCUUGAUCAGCCAGUGAGAGAUGAGUGGAAGUCUCCUAAUACAAA